AUGAGCCUCACCAAGUACCUCAUAAUUUUCAUAUCCUUGAUUCAUCAUCAACUCAUCUCCGCAGAUUCUAACUGCCUCCGACGCUCAUUCCGCUGUCCGAAUGAUCUGGGCCUUCUCCAAUUCCCAAUCUCUAGCGCCAAUCAAACCACGUGUCGCGGCCCGUUGGCCGUCGACUGCGCGGGCCCAAGAAUCCAGCUCGAGAACGGCGGCCCGUGGUACGAUGUCGUCCGCCGGAUAUCCGAAAGCUCGUUCAGGAUCCGAGACCCGCUUCUCCAAACCAGACUGAACGCAUCCAGCUGUAGCUCCUUCGUGCGGGGCCUGAGCCUGCCGACGAGCUCGCCGAGUAUUUCGCUGAGGGCAUCGUCCCGGGUCAUGACCGUUUUCCGGUGCAACGACCCGCCCCUGAAUCAGGACCCGACCCUCAUAAACCGAUACUUCUUCGCACAGAACUACACCAGGUUCGCGGGCUGCCCCGGGUUCGUGGUGUUCUAUAGGUCGCCGGGGAACUGGUCGGAUGGCGGAGAAGUCGGCGUGCCGGAAGCGUGCGAGGCUGUGGUGCUGCCGCUCGGGGGUUCGAGGGAUGUGUUUGGUUUAUUUGGGGGGUUGAGUGGGGAGUUUGAUGUGGAAUGGAAUGUGUCUGCUGUUUGUUUGGAGUGUUAUCAAAGGGGAGGGGUUUGUGGGAGUAGUAAUGGGAAUCACUUCACUUGCAGAUCAGAAGGAGGUAAAAAGAACACAGUCAAAGUGGCUCUACUCACAGGUGGCAUAGACCACAAGAAUUUCGCCCACAAACAGUAUCGAUACUCGGAUCUCAAGAAAAUCACAAAGUCGUUCAAAGAAAAGCUCGGCGAAGGAGGCUACGGCAGUGUGUACAAAGGCGAACUUCCCGACGGCCAUCUAGUCGCCGUGAAGAUGCUCAUAAACGAGUCCAAAGACAACAACAAUGGGAGCGAGUUCAUAAACGAGGUCGCGAGCAUUAGACGAACCUCCCACGUCAAUAUAGUCACCCUACUAGGCUUUUGCGUCGAGGGCUCCAAACGGGCCCUCGUCUAUGAGUUCAUGCCAAACGGCUCUCUCGACAAGUACAUCAACAAUACUCUUGAAUCUCAGUUCUUGGGAUGGGAAAAACUGUCCGAGAUCGCACAUGGCGUCGCUCGGGGACUCGAGUACCUACACCAAGGUUGCAACACGCGGAUCGUGCACUUGGACAUGAAGCCCCACAAUAUCCUUCUCGACAGAGAGUUCAACCCGAAAAUCUCGGAUUUUGGGCUAGCGAAACUAUGUCCUAACCGGUCGAGCGUAGUGUCUAUGCGUGGGGCAAGAGGGACGAUGGGGUACAUUGCGCCAGAAGUCUUUUGUAGGAAUUUUGGCGAGGUUUCGUAUAAAUCUGAUGUUUAUAGCUACGGGAUGAUGGUUUUGGAGAUGGCCGGUGGCACAGGGAAUAUCAAGAGGGUUGAUGUUGACAAUACAAGUGAUGUGUAUUUUCCAAACUAUUUGUACAAGCAACUGCAGAUGGAGGUCGGAAGUGGGGUGAGGCUCGAUAGGGUUGUGGAUGGAGACGAGAGUGGGUUAACAAGGAGAAAGUUGAUAAUCGUGGGGAUGUGGUGCAUACAGAUCGACCCAAAAGAUAGGCCGACGAUGAGCAAGGUGAUUGAGAUGUUGGAGGGAAAAUUAGAAUCGUUGAGUGUACCACCAAAACCCUACUUAUCUUCGCCACCGAGACCAGGUGCGUGUUCGUUGGCCUCUUUGCAGCAAAGUUCAACUCCGAGUUUAUCAUCCUCUCGUUCUUUGUAG